AUGAAGAUGAUCAAAUUCACGACUGGAUACUUGAAAGAUGACUGUAAGCUGGGUGAAUGCAUCAAUAAUGCUGCCGUAUAUCAGGAUGGCUUUUCAAAUCUCAUGCCGUUCGCCUACAGCAAAAACAACAAAGAUAUCGAAAAGUACGUUAACAAUUCGUUCCAUGAUGAUAAGGCUGCCAAUUGCGAUAGAGAUAGGUGUGUGGGGGGCAAGUGCAUGAAGGAUACAUUUCUUGAAGUCUCAUGGAGCAAAUGUAAUGGCAAUGUAUAUGCUCACACCCAUUUAAUUGGUGAAGUGAAGGAAGGCAAUGAUCAAAUUGAAGAAAGAAAAGGUGGUGACAAGACGACUUUCAAUCUGGAGAUAUAUAAUAGUACCAGCUUCAAAAUGGAGUUUAGCCCUUUGAUUGAGAGUUUUUUUGAAACAAAAGAGAUUCUUUGCGCACCAACAGAUAAUGCCAUUGUCCAACCAACUACAUGGAAAAUCAAAAAUGGAGACGGAGACCUGAAAGAUAAACAUCUGCUCGUCUUCCAUCUACUUCCGAAAACGGCUACACGAAUGUACAACAAAAAAGGUUUCACAAAAUUUGGGAAGGAAAAACCGAACUGCAACCUCUUCAUUCACUUUGAUAGGAAAAUCUACGAGUUUCUUGAGGUCGACCCUCGAACAACGACUACCAGCACUACUACAACAGCUACAACGACCACAACAAACCCGGAUACCGCCUCAACAAAAGCUACCGGAACAACCUCAACGUCAGGAACGCAGCAAGAGACUACAACAAAAGCAGCAACGACUACAACAGCGGCCACCAAAGAAAGAUGGAUUUGGAUAAUUGGGAUUGUUGUGGUGUUUAGUGUUUGCGUGUUGAUUGGGAUUGGCGCCUAUCAUGGGUACACCAUCUAUGAAGACCAGCAAAAAAUAAAACAAGAAGCCGAAAAACAAGAAGCAGAAGACCAACUACAGAGGACCUAUUGGCUCAAUGCUGGAGACGACGCCGCAAUUGAAGAUCAAAACAAUAAACGCGUUAUCUCAGAUAUGCCUUCGUUGGAAGACCAAUUCGUCAAUGAGAUUUAUGACAGGAUGAAGAAGGAGGGUUUGGAGAACGCGGCAAAAAACAAAAAAAUGCUCUUCGAAUUGUAUCUACCGGCAUUGAAGGAUAAAGGUUUCGAAAUUGUUGGCACCUUCAAUGAGUGGAAAAAGAAGAGUGGGCUGAUCCAGGGAAAAGGCGAGACAUGGAAGGAAUUCAACGCUAAAGUACAAAAGACAAUUGCGAAAAGGAAAGAGAAGGGUGAAGCCAUCGAAGAGUGCAUUGAAAUCCACAGUUUCUUAGAGGCAGAAAAGGUGAAGAAGGGGAAGAAGGACAAGACCCCGAAGGACUCAGCUUCGAAGGCGGACGCUUCAAAGAGCAAACAGUCUAGCACGGCAUCGAAUAUGGAGUCGGAGGCUAAAAAGAGGGGCGGCGUUGCUGUUUGAAUUGUAUGUGAAGAUGAAGGUUGCUGCGAGGAAUAAACACUAGAAGUUGAGAAGAUAUAAAUGAGAGAUAUAUAAAAAUUUGUA